CAGGCAUGAACUCUCAAGCAAUACAGCGAAUCAGAAUUGAACAUUUUAUUUAUGCAAAAUUUAUUUUUACAUGAUCUCAUGUGAGGCUGCCACAUUUCCUUUACCCACCGUGUAAUCUUACCGACUUUGCCCAGUUUGUUUAAGAUAUGGCGUCUGAGUGCUGUCUCAGUCUCACCAAAUACUUCCUAUUUCUCUUCAACUUAAUAUUCUUUCUCUUAGGAUCACUCCUCUUAUCUUUGGGACUAUGGAUACUAUUUUCAGAGACCAGCAUUUUCAUGCCCCCUUCCUACAUUUCAGUCUCUCUCUUCUCCUACUUGCUGAUCAUCAGUGGCUCUGUGACCAUGUCAUUAGGCUUCAUUGGAUGUCUGGGUUCUCUGAAGACUGUCAAAUGUCUGCUGGCAAUUUAUUUCAUCCUGCUCACAGUUCUUCUCGCGGCUCAGAUAGUGGGUGGGGUUCUUUUCUACACCCAGAAGAGUGAGUUGGUCGGUUCACUAAAGGAUCAUACUUUUGAUCUAAUAAAGACAUUUAAAAACAAUAACUCCAGUCUCCAGGGUUUUAAACAGACUCUAGAGUACAUUCAGAUGAAGACCAAAUGCUGUGGUUGGCAAGGGAAACAGGACUGGGAGGAUUCUAUACCUUGUUCCUGCGUCUACACAAGCAAUGUCACUGUCAAUGCAACGCAUAAAACCGAAGCUCCAAUGUUUCUCCAAUGUUCCACAUGUUUCUCAAAUGUUUCCAUUUCGAAUAACACUGUAUGCUCAAUUUAUGAGCAGGGUUGCAGUGACACUAUAAAAAAGUGGCUGGAUGAAAAUGUUCUCUUCAUUUUGGUGGUUAUUUUGACCAUUUCUGUGGUGGAGAUAUGUGGUAUGAUCCUUUCGAUGUGUCUGUAUAAAGCGGGUUCUGUGGACUACAACACAAUUUUCUACUAAGGUGACCAGGAUCAGUGAGGGGAAAACGUCAAUUUGAAAAAGAAAGAAAAGAUGGGAUCCCGCACAUUGCUUCUGAUAAUGAUCUUAAGUGCCCUCUGUGUUGCGCAGGCACUGAGGUGCAACUACUGCAAGAAGAUCAACAAAGAAGAACCCAACUGUAAUGAGAUAGAGGAGAGAGAAUGCAGCAGUGGUCUCGAUACCUGUGUUAGGAUCAGAAUGCAUCCUCCAGCCUACGGUGAGGUGCGCAGAUGUGCCAAAGCUAAGGAGUGUGAUCCUGCUGUGCCUCCUCAAGUGGAGAGAUACUGCUGCAGCACAGACCUCUGCAACUGAUCUGCUAUUAUCAGCCAUAUAUAUAUUUUGCCAUAUGGUCUGUGAUUAUCUUAUGCUUCUUAAAAUGCUCAAAACAUACAGCUAACAUAGUUAUUAAUGUUCCUAAAGUUAAUAUAUAUGUACAUUUCAGUAGAGAUAUUAUAAUGAAAUAAAUUCUGGCCAGCAAAAAAAAAUAAAAAUAAAUUCUUUGUGUUUUCUGAAA